AUGGCUUCUGGAGACCAAGCUACUUACCAACAGGAAGAAGGUGAUCAGUCACAUUAUCAACUUGAUAGAAACAGGGCUGAUAAUGUUGUAAAAAUCUUUCUUGAGUUGAUUGACUUACAACGUGAACUGGCUGCACUGAAUGGCAAAUUAAAUGCAAUCAUCACACAGUGUAAAAAUGUACCAAGCAUUGCUACCAAGCUGGAGAUAAUAGAUAAUGCCAAUCUGCCAAAAGAUGAGUGGACGAAAGCUGAUUCAAAUGAAUUAGAAAAACAGGUUGAAAAAAAUCAUGGAUAUAGUGCAAGACUUGAUGACCAGGUUGUACAGUCUGAGACCACUGGGAAUGCAGAUAUUGUUGGUGACACAGGGUUUUCAGAGCUUAGCAGGUUAACAAUGCAUCCGGUGGCUACUCCGACUGGUAAUGAGGUGUCCACUGUUGCUGUUCUCCAGGAACAGCUGUGUACACCUGAAGUUGACUUGACUCAAAGAUCCAAGAAUUUGUUGAAUAAGUCCCAGUUUGCUGAGCACAAACCUUGUAAGAGUACAGAUGAGUUCUUUUCUACUGUGGCUCUACAGAAACAGCCAAGUGCUGCUAAAGUUGACUUCACUCAAAGUGCUCAGAUUCUUUUGAAAAAAGAGAAGUCCCAGGACAAGGUAGACUAUGUUGAAAAGAAACUUGGUAAGAAUCUGAAUAUGGAUGAGUUUGAUCUGAAACAUUGUAAAACUAACAAAGAAUGUAUUAAAGUUGUUGUGCCACUCGCUGACCAAGAUUCCUUAUCACAGACAGCACCCACGCAUCGUAAAAGUAAUUUUUUUUUACAAAAGUGUUUCGAGGUCAGGGAAUGUGACGAUCAUAUUGAGUUGUCACACCAUAAGAUGGACAAUGUUGAACUUGGAAAUGGUGAAGAACUUCCUAUGCAUGUUGAAGAGACCAUUGAAAAUGAUGUUGAUGCUGGAAACAUGCCAUGUUAUUUGUCAACGAGUGAUAAAACGUUUGACAGAGACAAAACUCGCAUUCUAAAGGCCAAAAGCAAAAGGAAAAUAGCUAUGCAAUUUCCCUCCUAUAGUGAUAUGUUGCAUUCAGUAGACAGAAGAAUUGCCAACUCUCUCCAGUCCAACAGAGAUAAUGUUGAUGAGACAUCAGACAUGUUAAAAGACAAUCCACCUUCUGAAUUGACAAACCAAGCAAGCGACAAAACAGAAGCAACUACUAAUGUACCAAAACCUAGCAAGGUAGGGGGCCUUCAGAUGGCCCAUCACAACCAGCCAUUCUAUUCACAGCCAACUGGUUUGCAUGAAUCAGUAAGACCGGCAAAAACUGAGAAGUGUAUGAAAACCAGUGCCUUGACCUUGACCAAACCUUCACAUGGCACAGAUGUCACGGGAGAUGUCAGCAGUGUCAUUGGUUCAGAGCAGUGCUAUAUCCAUGGUGCUGGGUUACCUGCGUAUCACCCAAAGUUGAUAACAAACUUUAUGCAUCCAUGGAGUGAUAAAAAUAUGUUACAUCCAGUGGACAGAAGAAUUGCCAGUGACAGUCCACAUAUAAAAUCACAAUGUCUUGGCAACUCUCUUCAGUCCUAUAGAGAUAAUGUUGAUGAGACAUCAGACAUGGAAAAAGAUUAUCAACCUUUUGAAUUAACAAACCAAGCAAGCGGCAAAACAGAAGCAACUACUAAUGUACCUAGCAGCAAGAUAUGGGGCCUUCAGAUGGCUGAAUCACAUCAAGUUGUACAAGCUUCAAAAAACACUUCACCGGUGUUGUCAGCUACAGCUAGGAAAUCGGUUGCACAUGUACCGGUAGAUGUGAACUUGGAUGUGCAAAACCAAGGGUAUUUGAAUGCAAUUCCUUCUUCACCAUGUGAAAUCCAAUCAUCUUAUCCACAGCCAACUGGUUUGCAUGAAACAUUGAGAUUGCCAAAAAAUGUGAAGUGUAUAAAAACCAGUGCCUUGACCUUGACCAAACCUUCAGAUGUCACGGGAGAUGUCAGCAGUGUCAUUGGUUCAGAGCAGUGCUAUAUCUAUAAUGAUCGAUUACCUGCGUAUCACCCGAAGUUGAUAAAAAACUUUAUGCGCCUACGCAUUGGUGUUCCAUUUCCAGUACAAGUAGGGCAAGACCUCCCUAAGCGUUGCUUACGAGGAACUGGUACAUAUUCUGUGCAGAACAAUUAUUAUGCCUACCCAGGAGUUCGGGUAAAACUGAAGUAUAAUUGCCGACAUAUUGCCACAGUCGCAUGCUUGAGACCAACUGAUACUAUCAGUGAGCUGCGUCAUAUUGUCAAAUACAAGGUGUCCCAGGAAACUGGUUUACACAUGGAUCGAUUUGUGCUUCACAAUGCUAUCACUGGCAUGCUGCUUGAUGGUGGUAGUUACAUUGGACACAACAACUUGACAGUGGAGAUCAAACCAACCUCACGUUGGUUUUAAUAGAAAUCCAGAACAAACGCAAUAGAUAUGGGUGGGUGGAGUGAAAGAGUGAGUGCUGUAUUUGAUUUGUUUGUGCUAAAACGUCAUCUAGCACCGUUGUAGUAUGCAGGCUUGCAUACUCCACUUACUCAACUGUUAUGCAUACAGCUAUGAAGGAUGGCUCACUUGGAAAAAUGUAUAGUCUUAUAUAAAUAAGAGAAUCAGCUCUACAUAUUGUACAAUUUGAGCAUCAAUAAAAAUUUACAUAACCAC